GCCAGCUGGAACAUGAGCAUGCUGCAGACCGAGGACGUGCUCAAGUCGGCGCAGGCGGCACUGGAGAAGAAGGGCCCCGAGGAUUGCCCCAAGCCAGUGAUCGCAGCCGUGCACGGAGCCUGCGUGGGGGCAGGUGUUGACCUGAUCUCAGCCUGUGACAUCCGCUACUGCUCCCAGGACGCCUGGUUCCAGGUCAAGGAGGUGGACAUCGGGUUGGCAGCCGACGUGGGCACCUUGCAGCGUCUCCCCAAGAUCGUGGGCAACCAGAGGUGGGGGUGGGGACACCAGGGGGGACGUUGGGGGGUGGCAGGGCUGCUCCAGGGGGCCCUGGAAGUGGCUUCAGCCAUCGCGGCGCGGAGCCCGGUGGCCGUGCAGGGGUCGAAGGUCAACCUGGUCUAUGCCAGGGACCACCCGGUCCCCGAGGGGCUGCGCUACAUG